GAAGAUUUUAUCUGCGAGAAACAAGAAACUGCCAUUUUACAGUGUUUCUGCCAAUUAGUCUACCAAUAAAAGUAUUGUAUCUGUAAUAUGUUUGACACAUAACUUUUUCUAUGAAUGAUCAUUAAGUUCUCAUACAUUCAAGGCUAAUUUUCAUUAAAAACAUAAAUUAUGUUUUACGCAGAUAAUAAUAAGAUGGAAUUUACUAAAUAUUAGUUUUUUUACAAAACUAAAUUUUAGCAUUUAGUACUUAAAUUCUUUACUGUUUCAUACUGAGAAUAAUUGAUUCAAUGGACUCUCCUCUCUACAUUGUAGGAUUUGUUUUUUGUUUCGUAAAUGUUUCUGUCUGGCACUGUAUAUUUGCUAUUAUGCACUAAAAAAACAAAAAACAUGGCAAAGCACUGCACAAUCAUCUAGUGUUUAGCAAAGAAUCUGUUAUUCUCGAGAACUUCCAAAUAUAAUAUAUUAUACCUUUGAAGUAUGCUUUUAAAAAUUUCUACCAGAAUCCCUAUUGAAGAUUACAUAUUCGUUUUUCGGUACUGAUGAGGUUAACGGAAACUUCUAGCAUGCGUUUAAUAUAGAAAUAAGUAUGCGAAUUAUAUGUAAUUUGUUCUGACAAAAUAAUUAUAGAAUUUUACACCACAAAUUGUUACUUUGUUCAAAACAAUCUACGAUCAUCCUCACCUGUAAAAAAGAUUUAUCUUUAAAUAAUGUUAAUUAUUUAUCGUUUUAGUUAAAGAAAUAAUUAUAAAUAAAUAACAAAAUUGUUCUCAAAAUAAUGUUGCUGCACCAUAUUUUGAGGUGCUGUUUCUUUGAUGAGGUAUCAAUAAAUAAAACGAAACGCGUGAAAAUUUGAUAAAAUGAUGAUAUGAUAUCAUGUAACAAUGACAUGAAAAUAGAAACUUCUAUUUUUUACUUUUCUAUGAACAUUUUGUCGUAUCAUGAUAUGUCAUAAUGAUUUAUCAAUCGUUUCAAGUGAAAGCGGGAAAAAUAUUGCAUCAUGCAAGCUCGUGAACACAGGAUCAUAUAUAUUGUACGCAUCCAUUAUCAUCGCUCAGUUGUUCUGUGUGCUUCUAUCACAGCGUUCAUAUCAUUAAUGCUAAUUUCCAAUUCGUUUUGUUGUUACUUUUUCAUCUUCACUUAUUUUUUCACGCUUGAAUAUCUUUCGUGGUGAUCACAAUAUUUUUAUCUUAAUCCCAUCAUCGUCUAGGCAGUAACAAAUUGCAGUUUAUUUAUUCAGAAGAUAAAACGUCUAUCUAUCAAUCAACACCUUCUACGUAUGUUUCACAAUCUGCCUGUGAUUGAAAAAAUUGAGAAGAGAUGGAUUCCAUAUUUCGCACGAGGUCGUUAGGUACAGCUGCCGAAGGUGUUCGAGAUCAGUAUGCUGACGGGAGAGCAGCUAAAGUAUGGGAAGUGUUUAUAGGCGACAAAAAUCAAAGAACUCAGAAUUAUCGUGACUUUUUGGUCGGUAUGCUGAGAGACAAGGGAUGCAAGAAAAUUUUGGAUGUAGCGUGCGGGACUGGUGUGGACUCGGUGAUGCUACUCGAGGAGGGUUUCGAAGUGCUCAGUGUAGACGCUUCGGAUAAGAUGUUAAAAUAUGCUUUGAAGGCACGAUGGGAACGCAGGAAGGAGGAAGCGUUUGACAAUUGGGAGAUUGAAGAGGCGAACUGGUUGACUUUACCAAAGGAUAUUCGUCAUUUAAUAGGAGAUGGAUUUGAUGCAGUAAUUUGCUUGGGGAAUAGUUUUGCUCACAUGCCUGACACUUUUGGAGAUCAAAGAGAACAAAGGCAAGCAUUAUUGAAUUUUGAACACUGCGUGAAACCCGGUGGUUUGCUGCUGAUUGAUCACAGAAAUUAUGAUGAUAUAAUUGAUACUGGAAAUGUACCGGCAAAAUGCAUAUAUUACAAUAGUCAACGCACAACAAACAUUAAAUCAUCGGUACUAUUCGUUUCGGGAAAACCAGCGAUCGUCACCUUGGAUUAUAUGAUAACCUUGGAUGAAGGGGAGGAAGAGGAAGAGCAAGUCAGCGAAUUCAGACUGUCCUAUUAUCCACACAGGUUAAAUGUGUUCAAGGACAUGUUGGACGAAGCGUUCCAUUACAGGGCCAAGCACACUAUCUACGGCGAUUUUAAACCUUUGGAAGAAAUAAAGAAUCCUGGUUUCUAUAUCCAUGUAAUGGAGAAACCAGAAUAUGCAAAUUUAAUAAAAUCAUAAUCAUUUCAACGAACACAACUUCGUCGUGGAGUUCUAAUUUUCAACAUGUUUUAUUUAUUUUCUAUUUAUUUCGCACAUUCCUGGAAAUGCUAUUUACAUUUAUUUUGAGCAGCUCAGUCUGAUUUAGUUUAUCCUCUUGGGAACUCUUGCUCUGUAUCAUGAUUUUUAUAAUUUAUAUACUUUUUUGUACAUUUUAAGAAACUUUUGCUGUGUUCGUUUUCUUUAUAUAUAUAUAUAUAUAUAUAUAUAUAUAUAUAUAUAUAUAUAUAUAUAUAUAUAUAUAUAUAUAGAGAGAGAGAGAGAGAGAGAGAGAGAGAGAGAGAAAGAGGGAGAAAGGAAAAACAUAUAUUAUAUAAUAUUAGUUGUAAGUUCACACUGAAAAAAGAUGAGCAAUAAAAAGAAGUAGAAGGAAAAAUUGUGAUUGAUUCAAGGAUCGAUUCGCAAAUAGAACAGCGGAGCUCGGUCAAGUUUUAAUCUUUUUUUAUUAUAAGUUCGAAAGCAGCUUUCUUUUGAGUAUUCUAGCCAGGCUUCGUUCGAUGCUACAAUUUGAUCUCUCGACGAUACGAUUUUUCAUCUUUUAUCUUAUGUCUUUUUUUUUUGUUUUUUCUUUAAGUAUAUUCGUCUCGGUGGUUUUUUGAGCGAUCGUUGACGCCGAUUCUGAACUCCUUGAUCGACCCUUCGCUUCCGACCGUCGUUCGAACGUUCCACGCUUCGCAAAAUAAGAUCAGGAAGACCAGUGAACAUUAGACCACGGUAGAUUCGAAAUUUUGGUUAGUCUUCACGGUUGGUGUUUCAUUUUACCAUGUAUCUGCAUAAAACAAAAGAGCUCCUCAAGUUUUAACCUCAUCAUCGAUACUUCGAUUCAAUCGUCAGUGGCGCUGUUCAAAUACCAUUUUCCUAAAUUAAUAUUUCAUCUUAAAUGAUCCCUUAAAAGUCCUUCAUCGCUUUCUAACCUUAAUUUCACGUUGUCUACACCUUUUAUAGGGAAGAACCAUGCAAUACAAUUGCAAUAACCUUGCAAUCAAUACAAUUUCUUAAGGAUCAAUAUCGUCUAAGUCUAAGCAAUCUUAAUCAGAAUCGGGCAUUACUGAUUUAAAAGAUUCAAUAUUUACAGAAUUCUGUAGUAGAUCGAUCCUUUGAGAGAAGAUUUCAAGGUUAUCUUUAAUAAAGACGAUUGAGCUCGAAGGAUGAUCACGAUCGUAAGCAUUUUGCUCUUAGAAAGUGCAGCUUUUUAUUCUCGAUCGAAGCUAGAGAUUUUAUCGAUUUAGAUCCUUUCAAGGAGAGCUUUCGUCGUUGUUAUCAAUCGUCGACGAUCGCUCGAAUUGAAAACAACAACAAGAACAUGAACGCGGCGAGGAGCGUUCGCGUAGGACCAUUCGUUCGUCGCGUUUCGUCUUCUCUGAGUCGCGUCGAGAUCGCACGAUCGGAUUCUCACAAGAGUUCGCAAACAGCUCGGCUCCUGUCGAUUUUCCAACGCCAUGAAGAUCAAUCGAUCAUCUGAUCGUUUCACGAUACAGAUUUCUUUUAUUUCGUUUCGUUCCAUUUUGUCUUUGAUAGAAAAAUGGAAAGUUUAUGAUUACGAACACUCUCUUGGUUUACGUACAACGUUGUGAUACGCUGUUGUUCGUUACAGAAUUGCAAAUACGACGUGUUUUUUUUUUUUUUU